AUGGAUGUGCCACUUUUGGUCUUUGCUCUGGCCUCCCUUUUGGGACCAGCCCUAUGCUACGACCCUGCAAUAGAGUGCAUCAAUGGCAUUCGUACAGACAUUGCCGAAUUUACAUUCGCAGGGGGAGAAGCAAGUGGCUACUGGGUGAAUCUCUGCUCCAACAAUCUCAGUGUCCAUUCCAUGUGGGCUGCGACAAAGCUGUACUGUACUCAACAUGAAAUCGAGGCUGGCUCUAAGAUGCUGGGGGAGUAUUGCCUCGAGUACGCCUUGGUCGAACUCACACCAUACUCGGAAGUUCUUCCCAGCCUGACGGACGCCUACAUUGCCUCGCUUCCUGUCGUCGAGUACAGUGACAUUGACGCGACAAAGAUAUGGAACCAAUCAGUUCUUCUCUCCAAAGACUUUUAUACUGCUGGCAGGAGGACAACGAGCGUGUUCCAGAAUUCAUAUACCAUUGACCAAAGAUAUGGAUGGGCUGUCUACGGAUUCUGGGGCGGCAUCCUACUGAUUGGAAUUGUCAACCGCCUCUUCACUCACUUCUUCCACGCGCGCCGGACACCGACUCGUGGAGACGUCGAGGAACGCCGAGUCAAGCUCCACGCACCACGCUCUUUGUCUGUAUUUGGCACCGCGCACCACUGGGUUCGCACGAACCUGAUCAUUCCGGCCGCAUUCGGAUCCCACCACCAGCGACUUCUCUGGUGGUGUACCGUCCCCACGCGCAUGGAGACAGUCAUCGUCGUCUCGUUCUGGAUCUUGAAUCUGGUACUGUGCUGUGUGUCCUACGAGAUCUUCGUGCCAAAUCUAUACUACACGAGAGCUCUCCAGAUAUGGCGGUAUGUUGCCGACCGGACAGGCAUCAUCUGUUACGCCAACUUGCCCAUCUUAUGGAUGUUCUCGGGACGGAACAACAUCUUCCUGUGGUUGACUGGGUGGAGCUUUUCGACCUUCAACAUCUUCCACAGGCAUGUUGCUCGCAUUGCCACCGUUCAGGCAAUCGUUCAUUCCAUCGCAUAUACGGCCCUCGAGGCCGACUAUGACCAGCUUGCCGAGUCCCGGCGUGAGAAAUACUGGUAUAUGGGCGGCAUGGCGACCAUCGCCAUGGGCUUGUUGCUCUUCUUUUCGUCCAUCUACUUCCGUCGGCACAGCUACGAGAUCUUCCUGCUCAUACACAUUGCACUCUCAGUAGUCACGAUCGUCGGACUAUUUUAUCAUACCGCAAUCUUUGACGGCGAAUACGAUCCGUACUUGUGGCCGCUCGUUGCCAUUUGGCUCUUCGACAGAUUUGCCCGCAUCGUCCGUCUGGUAUACUGCAACCUCCGCGUGAGGCUUUCAAGCGCCCCGAUAGCAACAACAACCACAGCAACCUAUGACCAAGCGGCUGAUCUCAUCAGGCUCGAAGUCACUCCCGGGUCGGGACUGCUCAAACCUGGUCCAGGCCAACAUUACUUCAUUUACCAGCCCGCAAAGUGGAAAGGCUGGGAAAAUCACCCCUUCACAUUGGCAUCCUGGAGUGUCCAAGCUGGCAGCAAAGAGGUUGCCGUCGAGCCAAGUCCCAACCACGAUCAUGUCGUGAAAGCGAUGGAGGCGGAAAUCAAAGCCGCCGCCAAAACUUCGCCCUCUCAAGAUUCUUCAUCUGCCACUUCCGUCUCUUCGGAGAAGGGUCAAGCCGGCACGAAAGAGGAUGAUGGCCGAUAUAGACUGACAUUCUUUGUGCGGCCGUUCAGCAGCUGGACAAUGCGCCUUCGAGACGAAUGCCUCAAGUCUCCAACCGGACUGAUCAAUCCGCGAGCUUUUAUCGAAGGUCCAUACGGUGAAACGAGUCCUCUGCAUACCUAUGAGAAUGUCGUUUUCAUUCUAGGAGGGACCGGCAUUUCGGGGGCCCUACCGUAUCUGCAGGAACAUGUGAUCAGAGCGGCAUCACAAUCGUCAUCAGCAGCAGCAGCAACAGGCGAGUCGAAAGUAAAGGGAACCCGCACGCGGGAUAUCACAUUUGUAUGGACGACGAAGCAAUCGGCCAUGAUCCGCGACAUAGCUGCGCGCGAACUGCGGCCUUUCUUGGCUCGAGAAGACAUCCACUGCAGCUUCUACGCGACCUCUCGCAAGGAGUCGUCCGAGACCAUCAAGGCGGCCGAGAUCGAAGUGUCGUCCAACCACACCGCCGAAGUCGGCAUUACUUAUGGCCGGCCAAACAUCAGAGAGACCGUCCGCGGUGUCAUCGAUGAAGUCCAUGAAGCUGGCUCGGCUGGUGGCAAGAUCGCCAUCUUGACCUGUGGGCCGGCGGCGAUGGCUGAUGAAGCCCGGGCAGCGGUGCACGAGGCCUUGAAGAAUGGGAAGCGUGGAGUAGAUUACUUCGAGGAGACGUUUGGGUAA